CCAGGGGCGGACUGACAACUCAUGGGGCCCCCGGGCAAUAGGGGAUCAUGGGGCCCAUGUGUCCUUACCCACACUCAAACCACACCCAAAAAAGCCUAUGAAAGGUACCAGGGGCAUCUCAUGGGGCCCCCUACUGACCCCGGGCCCUCGGGCAGUGCCCGAGUUCCCGAAUGGUCAGUCCACCCAUCCCAAACCCCUGUAUGUCUGCUAAAGAGUAGCACAUUUUGCCUGUGGAUCAAGAACAUGCACGACUAAGCACACAUUCCUGACCUGCAUAUACAGUAUGUGAACCUAGCCUAAGUGUAUUGAAAGUCAAUGUAUUUAUCUU